GCACUUCCCGGGCCCGGCCAGCCUGGACGGACUAGCCGGGGCCAUGGCCGGCGCGGCGGCGGAGUCAGGGCGGGAGCUGUGGACCUUCGCGGGUUCCCGGGACCCGAGCGCACCGCGGCUAGCCUACGGCUACGGCCAGGGCAGCCUGCGCGAGCUGCGGGCGCGCGAGUUCAGCCGCCUGGCAGAUACCAAGACUAUUCAACGAGGGAAAUAACUUCUUCAAUAAGUGAUAUUGGGACAACUGGAUAUCAACAUGCAAAGGAACGAACUUGGACCCCUACUUCAUUCUGCAUUCAAAAAUUAACUCAAUGGAUCAAAUACCUAAAUAUGAAACAGCUAAAAGUAUAAUAUUCUUAGAGUAAUACAUAAGCAUAAAUCACCAGGACCUUGUUGAAUUAGACAAUAAUUUCUUGUGACACCAAAAAUGCAACAACAAAAAUAGACAAAUUGGAUUUUAUCAAACUUAAAGAGAACUUGUAUGUUUCAAUGAACACCAUCAAGAAAGUGAAAGGACAACCCACCAAAUGAGAGAAAACACAUCCACACAAAAACUUGUACACCAGUAUUCAUACCAGCAAUCAUUUAUAAUACACAAAAGUGGAAACAAUCCAAAUAUUCCUCAGUAGAUGAAUGGAUAAAAUGUGAUAUAUUCAUACGAUGGAAUACUAUUCUGCCGUAACAGGAAUGAAGUUCUGAUACAUGCUAAAAUGUGGAUGUACCUUGAAAACAUUAUGCUAAAUUAAAGAAGUCAGACACUAAAGGCCACAUAUUGUAUGGUUCCUUUUACAUGAAAUGUUCAGAACAGGCAAAUCUAGAGAAGCAGAAAGUAGAUUAGUGGUUAUCAAGGGCUGGGGUUGGAGGCAUUGGGGAGUGAUUGGUAAUGAUAUGGGAUUUCUUUUGGGGAUGAAUGAAAAUAUUCUAAAAUUGGUGGUAUUUAUGUAAUUUUAUGAAUAUGUUAAAAACCACUGAAUUGUAUACUUUAAGAGAGUGAAUUUUAUGUUAUAUCUCAAUAAAGCUGUGAUAAAACAACCCAUUCUACACAAAACAAAAUAUUUGAUAAGUGAAUGAAUGGAUCUCUUCACAUUAUAUGUACUUGAAAGUGUAUCUCAGAGUUUGUUUCAUGUCAGUACUUAUUAUUAGUGUACAAUGUUUAUUUUAAAAGCGCAUUGAUGGAUAUUUAAGUUGUUUCCAAUCUUUUGCUAUUGCAGGCAAUAGUUCGUCGAAUAGCCUUAUAUUCAGGUCAUUCCACAAAAGUGUGGGUAUUUGUAAGAUGAAUUCCUGCAAGUGGAAUUGCUAGGUCAAAGGGUGUGUACAUUUUAAAGCAUGAACUGAUGUUGCCAAAUUGCUGAGCAUAAAGGUGUACCUGUGUACCCUCCUACCAGCCGUGUACCAGUGAGCUUGUUUCGCCACAGCUUCAUUCACACAGUGAGGAAUCCAACCACUGAUCUCUGCCAAUCUGAUCAGUAAACCGCGGUAUCUCAUUUUCAUCUAAAUUUGCAUUUCUCUCAGAGAGAGGCUGGAUGGAUCAUUUGCAUUCCUUGUAUUCUUGGAAGCUCUGCAGCUGCAUUAGUGUUGAGGGGUGCAGAGCAGUGUGGGAAAGUAGGAUCAGGGCUCUCCCCUCAGGGACUCCUCCCAGAACCUCCAGAAUAGGUUGUGAGUGACAAUGUGAAACAGCUUUGCCAUCAUUCAUCACGAAUGUCUGCUGGGGGUCUUCUCUGUGUGGGAUGCUGUUCCAGGUUCACAAAAGAGUUAAGAGAGCUGAUUAAUCAGGAGGGCUCUCUCAGGGCUUUAAAAGUCCUUCAGCAUUAGAAGUGCAGUCCUUCCACUGCUCAUGCCUACACUUGGAUUAAGAGGCACAUAUCAAGAGGCACAAGUCAGUGGCCUGAUGUUACGUCUGCAUGCAUUAGAUGACAUUGGUUGGGCUUACACAAACCAGAUUCAGGUAAAAUUUUAGUAUUUAUUUUGUGUUUUCUUUCAGGAACUGUCUAUCUUGACCAUGCAGGUGCCACCUUGUUCUCCCAGAGCCAGCUCGAAAGCUUCACUAGUGAUCUCAUGGAAAAUACUUAUGGUAAUCCUCACAGCCAGAACAUCAGCAGCAAGCUCACCCAUGACACUGUGGAGCAGGUGCGCUACAGAAUCCUGGCGCACUUCCACACCACCGCAGAAGACUACACUGUGAUCUUCACUGCCGGGAGCACGGCUGCUCUCAAACUGGUGGCAGAGGCCUUUCCAUGGGUGUCCCAGGGCCCAGAGAGCAGUGGGAGUUGCUUCUGUUACCUCACCGACAGCCACACCUCCGUAGUGGGUAUGAGGAACGUGACCAUGGCUAUAAAUGUCAUAUCCACCCCAGUCAGGCCAGAGGACCUGUGGUCUGCAGAGGAACGUGGUGCUUCAGCCAGCAACCCAGACUGCCAGCUGCCGCAUCUCUUCUGCUACCCAGCUCAGAGUAACUUUUCUGGAGUCAGAUACCCCCUGUCCUGGAUAGAAGAGGUCAAGUCUGGGCGGUUGCGCCCUGUGAGCACGCCUGGGAAGUGGUUUGUGCUGCUGGAUGCAGCCUCCUAUGUGAGCACCUCGCCUUUGGACCUGUCAGCUCACCAGGCCGACUUUGUCCCCAUCUCCUUCUAUAAGAUCUUCGGGUUUCCUACAGGCCUGGGCGCUCUGCUGGUCCAUAAUCGUGCGGCUCCUCUACUGAGGAAGACCUACUUUGGAGGAGGGACAGCCUCUGCGUACCUAGCAGGAGAAGACUUCUACAUCCCGAGGCAGUCGGUAGCUCAGAGGUUUGAAGAUGGCACCAUCUCAUUCCUUGAUGUUAUCGCGCUAAAACAUGGAUUUGACACCCUAGAGCGCCUCACAGGUGGAAUGGAGAAUAUAAAGCAGCACACCUUCACCUUGGCUCAGUAUACCUACGUGGCCCUGUCCUCUCUCCAGUACCCCAAUGGAGCCCCUGUGGUGCGGAUUUACAGUGAUUCUGAGUUCAGCAGCCCUGAGGUUCAGGGCCCGAUCAUCAAUUUUAAUGUGCUGGAUGACAAAGGGAACAUCAUUGGUUACUCCCAGGUGGACAAAAUGGCCAGUCUUUACAACAUCCACCUACGAACUGGCUGCUUCUGUAACACUGGGGCCUGCCAGAGGCACCUGGGCAUAAGCAAUGAGAUGGUCAGGAAGCAUUUUCAGGCUGGUCAUGUCUGUGGGGACAAUAUGGACCUCAUAGAUGGGCAGCCCACAGGAUCUGUGAGGAUUUCAUUUGGAUACAUGUCGACGCUGGAUGAUGCCCAGGCCUUUCUUAGGUUCAUCAUAGACACUCGCCUGCACUCAUCAGGGGACUGGCCUGUCCCUCAGGCCCAUGCUGACACCGGGGAGACUGGAGCCCCAUCAGCAGACAGCCAGGCUGAUGUUACACCUGCUGUCAUGGGCAGACGUAGCCUCUCGCCUCAGGAAGAUGCCCUCACAGGCUCCAGGGUUUGGAACAACUCUUCUACUGUGAAUGCUGUGCCUGUGGCCCCACCUGUGUGUGAUGUCGCCAGAACCCAGCCGACUCCUUCAGAGAAAGCUGCAGGAGUCCUGGAGGGGGCCCUUGGGCCACAUGUUGUCACUAACCUUUAUCUCUAUCCAAUCAAAUCCUGUGCUGCAUUUGAGGUGACCAGGUGGCCUGUAGGAAACCAAGGGCUGCUAUAUGACCGGAGCUGGAUGGUUGUGAAUCACAAUGGUGUUUGCCUGAGUCAGAAGCAGGAACCCCGGCUCUGCCUGAUCCAGCCCUUCAUCGACUUGCGGCAAAGGAUCAUGGUCAUCAAAGCCAAAGGGAUGGAGCCUAUAGAGGUGCCUCUUGAGGAAAAUAGUGAACGGACUCAGAUUCGCCAAAGCAGGGUCUGUGCUGACAGAGUAAGUACUUACGAUUGUGGAGAAAAAAUUUCAAGCUGGUUGUCAACAUUUUUUGGCCGUCCUUGUCAUUUGAUCAAACAAAGUUCAAACUCUCAAAGGAAUGCAAAGAAGAAACAUGGAAAAGAUCAACUUCCUGGUACAAUGGCCACCCUUUCUCUGGUGAAUGAGGCACAGUAUCUGCUGAUCAACACAUCCAGUAUUUUGGAACUUCACCGGCAACUAAACACCAGUGAUGAGAAUGGAAAGGAUGAAUUAUUCUCAGUGAAGGAUCUCAGCUUGCGUUUUCGUGCCAAUAUUAUUAUCAAUGGAAAAAGGGCUUUUGAAGAAGAGAAAUGGGAUGAGAUUUCAAUUGGCUCUUUGCGUUUCCAGGUUUUGGGGCCUUGUCACAGAUGCCAGAUGAUUUGCAUCGACCAGCAAACUGGGCAACGAAACCAGCAUGUUUUCCAAAAACUUUCUGAGAGUCGUGAAACAAAGGUGAACUUUGGCAUGUACCUGAUGCAUACAUCAUUGGAUUUAUCCUCCCCAUGUUUCCUGUCUGUAGGAUCUCAGGUGCUCCCUGUGUUGAAAGAGAAUGUGGAAGGUCAUGAUUUACCUGCAUCUGAGAAACACCAGGAUGUUACCUCCUAAAAAAAAUGUUUAGCAUACAUUAAAGUUUCUCUUUUACAGUGA